AUGGUAUCAACAAUGGAAACAAAUGGCGAUACAGCCUCUCUCAAACGGAAGCGUGAACCCAAGGAUGACCCGCACUCGCUGCAGAAGAAGCAUCGUCACAGGUCACGAUCGAAACCCCAAGAUGCCGCCACUGCCGAUAGCGUUGCCAAUUUAAACUCGAACAGUCUGGCUGUCCAGCCUAUUGACGGAAACUCGGGCCCAUUGCAGUUGGCAACCACGGACAGGUUAGCGUCAUGGAAAGUGUCCAAACCAAUGGGGGGUAGGAUGUCCGACAUCGACCCUAUCUUCUCACAGGAUGAGAGGCACUUGAUUAUUACAUAUAACACCUCGAUCCAGGUGUACUCAACAGAAGACUCCCUGCUUGUCCGCCGGAUCGCACUCCCACUUACACGGACCAAUGACCUGGACGAGCCCUCUGCCACACACAUCGUCUCUUCAGCUUUAUCGAAGUCGAACCCAGAUUAUCUCUGGGUUGCAUGCUCUGACGGCCGCAUUUGGCAUAUCAAUUGGACCUCUGGUGAAGGCGUUGAUACUCCAUCAACGAUUGACACCAAAAAGCUGUUGGACAUGGCAGUGGAUGCAAUCGAGGUCGCUGGCAAAGUUGAUGAUGUGCUUUUGACGUUGAACCGGCUUACCAAGAGCUCCGCACAAAUCAUUGCCUAUAACAGCAAGAUGCUGGCCACUAAAACAGGCAAACUCUUGCAUACCUAUGACGAGAGCCCGCAGUCGCUGCGGUCUGUUGCUGGUGGCAGAGCUAUUGUAGCUGCUGCUAAGGAGGCACUUCAUAUCGGCAUUCUGAAAACGAAGAAGCUCGCAUCUUGGGAGGAAUUAGCUUAUCGCUUUGUCUCUUUUGAUGUCCCGGACAUCAUCAGCACUUUCGAUAUUCGACCCAUAAUCCGGAUGAUCAAAAAAGGGGUAGCCGAGCUCCAGGAUAUUGACGUGGCUGUUGGCGGCGCUCGUGGUGCUAUCUAUGUGUACAGCAACUUGCUUGCUCAUCUGCAUACUGAAGCCUCUGGUCCUCUGAGGGUUGGAACGAUCCAACCAAGGAAAUACCAUUGGCACCGGAGAGCUGUCCACAGUGUUAAGUGGUCGGGGGAUGGAAAUUACCUGAUAUCUGGAGGGUACGAAACUGUGCUUGUUCUGUGGCAGCUUGACACCGGGAGAGUUGACUUUCUUCCUCACCUGUCUGCUGCAAUCGAAAACAUCGUUGUGUCACCCAAGGGAUCCGCAUACGCCCUUCACCUGGACGAUAAUUCGGCCAUGGUCCUAUCUACUGCUGAAAUGAAGCCCAGCAUGUAUGUGUCGGGCAUUCAGUCUCUUGUACUCGGAGAUCGCCCCUCGAAAGACGCCUUGGUUCGCCGUGUCUGGAGACCCAUCGAUGAAAUCGCUUCCCCGUUGGUUGCGACCAUCAGUCCCCAAAACCCAUCACACAUGUUUUUGUGUGUCGGUAAUGGUCAGCAAGCGACAGUGGGAGGAGGGGCAACCUCCACUCCCCUUGUCCAGGUGUUUGACAUUUCAUCCUUCCAGGGUGUCGCCAAGCAAGCCAUCGCCCGCACCAACCCGACAGAUGUAAAUAUUACAAGCGAAGGUGUACCGAUUAUUGAGCCAACUGCCACCAAGCUCGCUUUUUCACACGAUGGGAAAUGGCUGGCUUCUAUCGACGAAUGGCAACCGCCAGAACGAGAUACUGAAGCUUAUCUUACUGGGUCAAAGACGCAGUCUGAUGCUUGCAAGGAAAGACGGGAGAUCUACCUGAAAUUCUGGGAAGUUGGGGCAGAUCAAUCCCUCGAACUGGUCACGAGGAUAAAUGAUGCCCAUUACACCAAACAAACGGAGUCUAUCUUUGACCUGGCAAGCGACCCAACUUCGGCACGGUUUGCCACGAUUGGUAAUGAUGGAAUGGUUCGCUUCUGGUCCCCGAAAUUGCGCAAGAGAGACGGCCUUAUGGCUACUAGGCCGGACGGCCAACCGUUACGGAGCUGGUCGUGCUCCCGUGUAGUCCCUCUCCCUGUUCACGAACGACAGGAUGAUUCGGUCGAGAUCCUGAAGGGCAUUCCGUAUAGUGGUGCUAUCACUUUUUCUGAGGAUGGGUCGAUCCUCUUUGCCGCUUUUGGGCCUCCGUCUGGGGCGCUUGUUGUGGCUAUUGAUACCCAGACUGGUACCGUACGCGAUGUUGUGUCUGGGAUGUUCAAAGGUGACAUCCGCGCGAUGAAAUCCCUCUCUUCGUGCCUCAUUAUGCUGUCAGACGACCUUGUUGUCUAUGACAUUGUGUCUGACGAGAUGCUUGCGAGCUAUACUCUAAAGGAGACAUCUGAGGCAGCCAAGAAACUCACUCAGCUAGCAGUCAACCAUCAAUCGCGGAGUUUUGCGCUUGCAGCACCCAUCCCGAAUUUAGGUCAGGACAAGCUGAAGAGAGGCACGAAAUCCGAGCUUCUAAUCUUCAACAUUGAAGAUGAAGAACCAAAACUCGUCAAAACCUUCUCUCAGGUCAUCAUCUCGGUGUGCGCCGUCCCUUCAUCCUCUGGCUUUGUGGUCGUCGACUCGGCAGCGCAAGUUUGGUCUAUCACUGAAGGUGCUGAGCAAGCGCCACUCCUUAAGUCUCUGGCUGAUCUGGGAGUGGACAAUACCAGCAAUACAGAGAUGGAAGACACUCCCGACAAACAGCUGUUGUUGGAGCAGGCUGAAGCCAAUGAUGAUGAAAUGCAUGACGCAAACUACGAUCUUGAUAUGGAAGACAAUGAAGACACACAUGCCGUUGUCGUUGCGCCGCAACGAUUGGCUGAGAUUUUCAAUGCCGCGCCCGCCUUCGCGAUGCCCCCGAUCGAAGAUGUCUUCUAUCAGGUGGCCAGCCUGUUCUCCACCAAGCCAGUCAUCAACGCUUAG